AUGUGUUACCGUUCAAAUCAGAUGUACGCAUCUGAAUCAAAAUGUUGUGAUCAAUUAGACAAAUAUUUAAUUUUUUUAGAAAAACUAAAACUGCAUUGUGCAUGUAAUAGUUAUUUUAAUGAAAAUAAAUUAAAUACAAAAAAUGAGACUAAAAGAAUACAUCACCAUAUUUUAUAUGAUUUAGGAAAUACAUACAGUAUAUUUGAUAAAAAUUUUAAAAAAGAAAUAGAAGAAUUUAAUAAAUUUUUAUAUUAUGAAAAUAACGGUUCCUUUUUAUUCAAGGAAAAUUGCAGAUAUAAUAAUAAAUUUAAAAAUGUAUUUCAAAACUAUUUUUAUGAUAAAAUUAAUAUUAAUACAUUUUCAAAUUAUAUUAUUCCUAAGUAUAAUAAAUUUUAUAAAUUAUCAAAUUGUACACUAAAAAAGAAGGAAGAUAUAAAGAAAGAUAUAACAAAAAAAGUAAAAGAUAAUAUAAUAAAAAAAAAAAUAGAAAAAUUUCCCUUAAUUAAACAUGAUAUACCUUGUGGAAUUAUUGAAAAUAAUAAAAAAAUUAAUAUUUGUAAAAGAGUAAAAAAUAGGAAAUCAUCCUAUCUAAAUUCCAAAAAAUUAUUAAAUAAAUAUUUUAAUAUAUCCAAUAUUUUAAAAAGAAGAAAACAUAAAAUUGAUGUAAAUAUUCUAGAUAAGAAUAAAAAGGAUAAAAAAGAGAAUACUGAAAAUUUUAAUUUUAAUAAUCAUGAUAAUAAAAUACAAAAAAGGGGAAAUGAAUUAAACCUACCUAAAAAUAGUUUAAAAAUAUCAAAUGACGAAAAAAUAAAAUUUCUAAAAAAGCUAAACUUAAAUUUUAACAAGAAUAAAAAUAGUAGCUUCAAUUUUUUUUUGUUUUUAAAUAAUUUAAAAAAUGAGAAAAAAAAUUUAAACGAAAAAGAAAGUUUUACUGAAGAUUUUGAAAAUAAAUCAACAAAAUCAGAAUACUUAGAGAAUAACUUAAUUUCAACUUCAAACUACGAAAAAAUUAAUCGUGUAUCUUGUGACGAUAUAGACUUUUAUAAAUUGAAAAGAAAAGAAGAAAAAUACAUAAAAAUGAGUAAAUUAACAACUAACUGUAGUUGCACAUCUUAUAAUAAUUUUCAAAUAAAAGGAAUAUUAUUAUAUAAAAAUACGAUUUUAAAUGCACUUAAUUUACAUAAAAAAGCACCCAUGAAAAAAGAUGAAAAUAAAAAAAAAAAUCGUAAUAAAUUUAAUGAAAAAAAUAAAAGAGCAAAUAUCUUUGAAUCUUCAUCAGUAAUUACAAAAAUGAAGAUUUCAAAAAAUUUGAAAAUUAAAAAAAUUAAUAAUUCUAUAUCUAAAAAAGUAGAAAACUUAAAAAAUUUUAGAACUAAAAAAUUAUAUAAAAACUUUUCUUUUAAAAAUUUAGGAACAAAUAAUAUAAGAUAUGACAUUAAAAGAAGUAAAAAAUUUAUUUCGAAUGAGUAUUCAAAUAAUCUUAAAAAAAGAAAAAGUAUAAUUAAAAAUAAUUCUCUUAAUGUAGAUGAUUUAUCGAUUAAUUCUUUAGAUAUAUUUGUUCAUAAUAAAUCUAUAAAUAGGAAUAUGAAUGCAACAAAAAUUGAUAAUCAUGAAAAGAUUGUAAUUAAAGAAAAGAAUUUUUAUAGUGACAGUGAAUUGAAAAAUUUAAAUAACAUAAAUGAAAAUAGUUGUAAAGAUUUUUUAUCGCAAAAUAAUUUUUCUUUACCUUCUUUUAAUAUCUUAAAAAAUUACAAUCAAGAAAAGAACAAAAAUAAUUACAGAAAUAGAAUUUAUAUUAAUGAUAAAAAUAAUAUUGAAGUAAAUAAUGGCAUCAAAAUACUUAAGAACGUUAAUAUUUCUAGAUUUCCAGAUGAACAAAAUAAUGAAAAUAAAAAUCUUAAAAGUAGAAAUGAAAAUAUUAACGAUUCGAAAAAUGAUAUAAUUCAAUUAAGUAGAAGUGUAAAUAUUGUAGAAAACAUGUAUAAUAAUAAUCCGAAUGUAGAAAUGAAAAAUUUUAGCAAAGACAUGUGUACUGAAAAAGAAGAGAAGGGUGUAUAUUAUUGUAACGAAGUAAAAAAUAGUAGUAUUUUGAAAAAAUAUAUAAAAAAUUUAGAAAUGGAAUUAUUAAAUAUAAGAAAAAAUUGUGAUAAAUAUAAAGACACUAAUGAUACAAUAAUGUCUAAUGAUAAAAAUUCAGAUAAUUCUUGUUGUGAAUAUGCAAAAAGUAAAAAAAUUAAUGAAGACAGAAUAGAUUUAAGUAAAUAUUUUAAUGAAGUUUAUUCACAAAAAGUCAGAAAUCAAGAUGAAAGUAAAUUUUACAGGACCUGUAGUACUACAUGCACAAGUAGUUGCAAAUCUGAAGUAGCUCAAAAAAAUGAUUUUUAUAAUAAACAAGAAAAUUUAAAAAUAAUAAGAGAUUUUAGAAAAAUCGAAAGUGAAGAAAAUAAUAUGAAAAAGAAUAAUUAUGAUAAAAAGGAUGAAAUAAAUAUAGAAAAUAACUACAUUAUGAAUAAUGAAGAAAAUAAAAAAAUAUUCAAAGAUGGAGAAUUUAAAAAAUUAUGUUCAUUAAAUACUUGUAAGGAAAAUAAAAAUGUUAAUUUAAAAGAAUAUUUAGAAGAAAAUAAUUUCUUAAAAUUAGAUUCUAAUAAUCAUAAAAACAGCAACACAUUUUUGUGUUGUGAUAAUUUUGUUAGUACAAAAAAAGAUAAUGAAAUAUUUAAUUAUUUCAAUAUAUUUAAUGAAAAAAUUAUAAAUAAAGAAAAAAUAAUUUCUAUAAGAAAAAACGAUAAUGAAACACAAAACAAUAGCAAUAAUACAUUGUCGUAUUAUAAUGAAUAUACAAAAAAUGUAAAGAACAAAUGUGAAGCUGUCUUAUAUUAUAAGUCUAAUUGUGAUAAAAAUCCACGUAAUCAUAUUUUAAAUGAAGAUAAUUUUAAUAAAAUAAAUAGAAAAAAUUAUUUCAUUAAUAAAAAAAAGGAAAAUAAGACCUGUGUUAACUUAGAGGAGAGUAAAGAAUAUGAUGAAAAAGAAAUUUGUUCAUAUAAUAAAAUAGAAAUAAAAAAAAAAAAGAAAAAUACAAUAAAUGUAGGAAUAAAUGAAAAUAAAAAAAAAAAUUUACUGAAACCGAAAAUUUACUGGUGUAAAAAAGGAUGUUUUUUUGAAUUAAAAUAUAAAAAAGAUAACAAAAAGGUGAAAGAAGUGAAAAAUGAAGAAAUUCUUUCAGUUAAAAAAUGCAAAAAUAAAUAUAUGAAUGGAAAAAAUUUUAAAUAUUCUUAUGAAAUUAUUCACAGUAAAAGUGAUAAAUCCAAUAAUAAUAACAUAAAUAUAUCAAUAAAGAAAAAUGUAAAAAUAGAUGUAUGUGAAAAUUUUAAUAACUAUUCUGACAUAAAAAAUAAUCCUAUUAUUUACUACAAAGAAAGAAAACCUAUAAAAGAUGAUAUAAAAAGAUCAAAAAAAUCAAAUAAAGAAAAAAAAAAUAAUGUUGAAAAAAGUAUUUUAAGAGAAAAUAAGGGAAGAAAAAAUAACAAGAAAAGCAAAGAACAUUCAAACAACAGGAGUGAAAAAAUGAACAACAUUUACACUAUUAGAGAUAUUAAUAAUAAAUUAAAUGAUAAUAACUUUAAUGAGUUUAUAAAUAAAAAUGAUUUUUAUAAGUAUUUUGAAAAAAAUAUAAAAAACAAUGAUAAUAAAAAAAGCAAAAAUAAUACAUCCAAUAUUUUAAAUCAUUUUUUUCUUGAAAAAAAUAACCAAGAUAAUUUUAAUUCUAGAAAAAAUUUAUCUGAAAAUAUAACCUAUUUAAUCAAUUUAAAUAAAUCUGAUAAAAAAAAUAAUUUCUUUAAAAUACGCAAUGAAUUAGAAGGAGAUAUAUACUACAAGAAUAAUUUUUUGAGUGCUUUAAGAAAUAAUAAAAAAAAUGAAUUAUCUAGUUUAGAUAAUAUUUAUUUAAGUAGUUCCAAAUUAAAUUAUAAUAAAAAUUAUAUUAAAAACUUUAAAGAAAAUAAUAUUGCAUACAUAUAUGAAAAUAAAAAUAUUUAUAAUAAUGAAAAUUUUGAGAUGGAAAAUAAGCAUGAAAACAAUAUUAAUGAUGAUAAUGAAAUUAAUGAUAAUAUUAGCUUUAAUAAAAAAUUUUAUACUAUUAAUUUUGAUAGUUUUGUAUCUAAUAAUGAAAGAAAUAAAAUAAUUUUAGAUGAAAGUUUGACUAAUGAAAGUAACAAUAUAUAUAAUAGCAUGUCUAAUGGUUAUUCUAAUGAUAAUUUUAUAAUUAAUAAUUCAACUAAUAAUAACAAAAUUUUGAAUGAUGAAAUGAAUUUAGACAUUAAAUAUAGUACUGAGAAAAAUAAAAAUGUUAAUAAUUCUAAUAGAACAAAUAGUUCAUAUAAAGAGAUUAAUACUAUGAAUGAUAUUGAUAUAAAAAAUAACCAACCAAUAAAUAUAGAUAUAUAUGAUAAAAAUAGUAAUAAUUACACUUGUGAAAAUGAUUACAACAAUAUUAAAAAAGAAUAUUUAAAUUCUAUAGAAAUUAAUAUGACAAAUACAAAUAAUUUUGAUUUAUAUCAUAAUAACAAUGAGAACAAAACAAGUAAUAAUGAUGCUUAUUUAGAGGAUAUUUAUAAUAAUAUGAAUAAUAAUACAAAUGAUAAAGAUGAAAUAGGUAUAAAAUUACUAAAUAUUAAGAACAGCAAUUUUAAAAAUAUGAAUGGAUGCAUAUCUGAAAAUGAGAACCUUCUGAAUGAUAAAAAUAAAAAUAUAAAAAAUUUCCUAUUAUGCAAAAACAUUACUAAAAAUGACAAUAAUAAAAGUAAAACUGAAAAAAGUGAUUUAAAAAAAAUUGAAAGAAAUAUUUUAUUUUCCUAUGAAAACCUUCAAAAUCAUUCAGAUAAAAUAAAUACGUUCAAUAUAGAUAUUAAAAAUAAUGACAUUAUUAAUAUAAACAAUGUAAAUCUUGAUAAUAUAAAGAACAGUUAUUACAAUACAUUUAGUAAUAGUGAAGAUAAUAAUAUAUACGACAAAUUAGUAAGUAGAGAUGGUUCAAAUAUGAAAGAUAGUAACAAUAAUAUAUAUAAUAUAAUAAAUAUAAAUAAUGAUUUAAGUGAAGCUAAUAAUUCAAACAACACAUAUAAAAUUAAUAAUAUAAAUAAUUUAAAUAUGUUAUAUAGUACUAAUAGGGAAGAAAAUAUCAAUUCAGAUAAUAUUCAUAUAAAGAAUAAUUUAGAAAAUAACUUACAAUGUAAAAUGCAAAAUAACGAAACUAAAAGAAGUAACGAUAAUUAUUUAAAAAACCUUGAGUUGGAUUAUUGUAUCAAAGAAGAAAAUAAACAUAAAGAAGAAACUUAUUUCAGUAAUGAUAUUAUGAAAUUAAGUAAAUUUGAUAAUAAAGUAUCAAAUAAUUAUGAUAAACAAACAAAAAAAAACGUUGGAAAACAAUUAUAUAAAAAUUUAGAAUAUGAUAAUGAAAGAUAUAGUAUUGGUAAUUCAAUAAAAGAAAUAUAUAUUAACAAUGACAAAAAAAGAAUAAAUAUUACAAAAAAUAAUGAAUAUAAUGAUAAAAAAAAAAUAUAUUUUCAUAAUAAAAAUAUAUUAAAUAACGUCUAUAUUAAAAAUACAUGUGGAGAUGAAGAAACAUAUAUAUGUAAAAAUGAAAAAUGUAAAAAUGAUAUUAUUAAAUAUAAGAACAACGGAUAUUUAAAAAAAUGUGAUAACUUGAGUUAUUCGAAUUAUAAUUUAAAUAAUUCAGAUAUUACACAGAAAACAUUCAAUUUAUUUCAAGAUUCUAAAAUUAAAAAAGAAUUUAUUUACAUCAAAAAAGAAGUAGAGGAGGAGAAUGAAGAAAAAGAAAAAUAUUUUAUUAAAACAGAAAACAACAAAAAUAGUUUUAUAUAUAAUGACAUGAUGAAAAAGGAAAAUACCGAUUGUUUAGAUGUCAAUAUAUUACAAAAUAUUAAUUCAUAUAGUAAUAAAAAUACGAAAGAUGAAAAUAUGAAUGUAAAUAUAAAUAUUGACAAAAGUGAAAAUGAUAAUGAGAAUUUAAAUUUCUUUAGAAUGAAAACAGAUAUUAUUCAAGAAAAAUUAGAAGAUGUAAAAAUUGAAAAACAAAUGUAUAAUGAACUUCAAGAUGAUAAUAUUAGAAAUAAUCACUUUAAUAAUGAAAAUAAUAUGAAUUUAAAAUUAUUUAAAUUAAAUAUAUCAAAUUAUCUUAGAAAUGAAUUGAAAAAUACAAAUAGUAUUGAAGAGUCUCAAGAGACAAAUGAGUGUUCUAAAGGUAAUUCAUUUAUAAAUGAAAAUAUAAAAAAAAAAAGAGAUGAAUAUAAUGUUACUUUAAAUGAAGAAACUAAUAAAAAUUAUCCAGAGGAUUCUUCAUUAAAAUAUAAAGUACAAAAUAUAUCUGAUGAUAAAAAUUUCAACAUAAAAAGGAAAGAAUCUUCAAAAGAAAAUUUUCAAAAUAACUUAAAAAAAGAAAUGGAAAUAAACUGUUCAAAAGAUAAUUCUUUAAAAAGUAAAGUGAUAAAAAGGGAUUUAAAUAAUAAAACUUCUAUAAAUCGUUUUUUUAAUUAUAAUUCUCAUAAUAAUUUUAAUAUCCCAAUUAAAUACGAACCACAAAAUAACUUGGAUAAUUCUUUUAGCUACGAUUCUCAAAAUAAUUUGAAAAACAUAUACAUUUAUAAGCAUGAAAAACAAAAUAAUAUAUCCAAUUCUUUUAAUUCUGAAUUGCGAAAUAAUAUGACUAAUUCUUUUAACUUGGAGUUGCAAGAUAAUUUUACUAGCUCUUUUAAUGAUAAUUUAUUAAAUAAUUCAAAUAAUUAUUUUAAUGAUCAUUCACAUGAUAAUUUAAACAAAUCUUUUAAAGAAAAUUCAUCAAUCAAUUUAAAUAAUAAAUUUAAUGAUAAUUUAUCAAAUAAUCUGGAUAAAUUUUUUAAUGAUAGUUCAUCAUGUAAUAUGAAUAAUUCUUUCAAUGAUAGUUCAUUUAAUAAUAUGAACAAUAUUUUUAACAAUAACCCACCAGAAAGUUCAAAUAAUCCAUUUAAUGAUAAUUUAUCAAACAAUUUUAAUAAUUCCUUCAAUGAAAAUACAUCAUACAAUUUAUGUAAUUUGUUAAAUGAUAAUUCAUCAAAUAAUAUGAACAAAUCUUUUAGCAAUAAUUUAUCAAAUAAUUUGAAUAAUUCAUUUAACAAUAAUUCAUCAUAUAAUUUAAAUAAUUCUUUUAAUGAUAAUUCAACAAUUAAUCUAAAUAAUUCUUUUAACGACAAUUUAUCUAAUAGUUUAAAUAAUUCUUUUAAUGAUAAUUCAUCAAUCAAUUUAAAAAGUUCUUUUCAUGAUAAUUCAUCCUAUAAUAUGAUUAAUUCCUUUAACGAUAAUUCAACCACCAGUUUAAAUAAUAAUUUUAACGAUAAUUCAACCACCAGUUUAAAUAAUAAUUUUAACGAUAAUUCAACCACUAGUUUAAAUAAUAAUUUUAACGAUAAUUUAACUACUAGUUUAAAUAAUUCUUUUAAUGAUAAUUCAUUAAAUAAUUUGAAUAAUUCUAUUAAUGAUAAUUUAUCAAAAGGUUUAAAUAAUUCUAUUAAUGAUAAUUUAUCAAAUAAUAUAGAUAGUUCUUUUAAUAUAGAAUCAAAAAAUAAUUAUUUGAUUGAAUGGUAUCCUGGAUUUGAUAUACCAAUAGGAACAAAUGGAAGAGCAAUAUUAAGAAAAGCAUUACAUCAAAAAAGAAUGACAAAUGUUAAAAAGUGCGAUGAACUAUUAUCAUCAAAUAAUUUAUAUCCCACUUCUAGAUCGACAUUUGGAGAUAUGAAGAUAAGAGAUUUAUAUAGAGCCGCAUAUAUAUUAGGGGUAUGGAAUGUAGCUGAAAAAUAUUGUCUAUUAGCAUGUGAAAGGAAUGGUUAUAAAAAGGAAUGGAUUUAUAUGUUAAAAAAAAAUGGCAUAAAAAUAACUGUAAAAGCUCUAAAAGAAAUUAGGAAUAACCAUAUACUAAAUAAUAAAAAAUUAGGAAAUUUGAAUAAAAAGAAAAAAAAUAGUAAAAAUGAAACUUGUAAAAAAGUUACAGACAGCAUUAAAAAAGGUAAUUUAGAAAAAAAUUAUGAAGACAAUAAUUUUUUAAAUAAUCUUAUAACUUCUCAUAAUGCUAAUAUAGAUAGAAAAGAUGCCAUGCCUAACCAUUUCUCACUGCAGUCAAAUGAUAAAAAAGAAAGUUUUUCUUUUAAUAGUUUAGAAGAAUGUAAGAAUAUCUCCUUAAUGAAUAUUAAAAAUGAAAAUAAUAUAAUAAAUAAAGAAAAUCAUAUAAUUCUUCAAAAUGAAACUAAAAACGGAGAUAUAAAUGCUUCGAAUACAAAAUAUAAAAGAAAAUAUAAAAAAAAUAAAAACAAGGAAUAUAUUAAUAAGAAAAUUGAUGAAGGUAAUAGUUCAAGUAUCAUAUCUGAAGGAUUAAAAAAUCCAAAUAUCUUUUCUACUUCUAAAAUAAAUAAUCAAAAUAUAAACUAUAUAUACAAUUUCAAUAAUUUUAAUAUUCCUGAUUUAAAUAAUUCAUUAAAUAAUUCAAAUGUACAUUAUUCUAUUAAAAAUAGUUAUCCAAAUACAGUAGAAAAUACUAUAAAUAAUAAAAUAUGUGAUCAGUUAAGAGUAGAUAAAAAUGUGAAUUUCACGAAUACAAACUUAUUAAGAAAAAGUUUUUAUAAUACAAACAAAAAUUUGUUAUACGAAAAAAGUAAAGAUGAUUUUAAAAAUUAUAGCACAUAUUAUUUAAAAAAUAAUAUUAAUAUUGCAAAUAAUAAAAAUAUAAAUAAUGAGAAUAUCAAUUUUAAUAAUAUAAACUACAUAGAACUUGAAAAUAUAAAUAAAGAUUUAUAUAAUACGAAUAAUUUAAGAAAUAAUAUGGCAAAUAAUUUUAAGAUAACUAAUCAUCUUCCCUUCAAUAAUUUUGUUAUUAAUUCACAAAGUGAUGGAAUUAAUGGAGAUAUAAGUAAAAAUAAUUUUUUUAAUAAUAUUCUUCCUGAUAUGUGUCUUAAUAAUUAUAAUAAUUUUAAAAAUUUGAUUAACGAAGUGGAUCCUAUAAAAUAUCAUACAAGUGGUAUUAAUAUUAAUAAAGAUAAUUUUAUUUAUCCUAUUAUUACAAUCAAUAACUCAAAUAAUAAAUCCAAUACAGAUCAAAAUUUAAAUAUACUUGGUUUUGAAAGAAGAAGUAAUUUAAAUGGUAGUAUUAAUUAUGAAUAUUUACAAAAAAGAUUUCAAAAUGUUCAACUAUAA